GUUAGCGACGUCGGCGUCUCACUUUGGCCCCAGUAGGUACAGUGCGCUAACAUGUGGCGGUGGGCGGCGCUGUGGCAGGCCUCCACGCUUCUGCUUGUGGGAGCCACGAUCAAUAUUGGAUUCUUCACACGAUCCAGACAUUUUUUACCACCACCACAGGUCAAUUGCUUGGAAUUACCAAAUUAUAGUGCUGACACUUUAGCCCGGACGUUUAAUACAGGACGGCGUCUGCCACGUCAGGUUGGCCCUAUGUUUGUCCCGCCCACUACGGCUACAUUUCUUAGCAGACCACUGAUACACAUCAACGAAAUAUCGCCUAGGAUCGAUCAACUCCUGCCCGAAGCUGACGACAUAGUGAAGGAGCACGCGAAACUCGUGCAAGAUAUAAACAGCUUGAAACAACUCGUGUUUGUGUCCCCUUUCGCGGACGAGAACCGAGACUACGAAGAUUCAAUUUUCCAUGAAAUUAUAGAGACUACAACACUGUUGCCGAGGACGAAGGCGACUACUACAACAAAACCGCCCCCAAAGACGACAAAGGCGAGCUCAAUCCCCAUCGUUCUCCUCGGAGGCGCCAGCAAUCAGCGGCAAGUGGUUAAAAGUCAACCGAUCAAAUUUCCUAAGACAUCUAUUAGUUUGGUUGGAACUUCCGUAUCGCCAUUAUUAAAACACCCCUAUCCUUUCGUGAUGCAAGAGACAUCACGGAAACCUCUCAAAGUGUGCAUGUCCACCAUGCCUACCAUGUACGCCACCACCCGACCACCCACUUUGUGGGAGCGGUUACUACGCUCCAUCAUCCCCAGAUAGUUAUUAAAAAUUAAUUUAAGAUUUGUUACCGUAAGAUAUGCAUGUAAAAAUGUAUUUUGCCCGUAGCUAGCCGCCGGUCAUCGCUAUUUGUUAUCGUUUCAUUACGAUGACCGGAAUAAUUGUGAUUCAGUAAUUAAUAAAUGAACAGAAUAGAUUCCAUCGUUGUUUUGUCGCGUUAGGAUAUAGGAAGUGCUGGUUUCCUCCGUUACUUAAUCAGCACGGAUCGACUGCGCCGGCGCGGCGGUUACCGCACCGCUACCGUGUGCGCCACACAUUGUUGUCGCCGAUCGCGUGUGCCACUUCUAAUUACAGAUGCCGAUUAUGUAUUGUCUAUUAUUUACACUUUUACACGUCGGAAUGGAAAAGUUGAACGUCUUAUAUGUUAUGACGAAACUGACUUUUCAAUGGUUGGUAUCGAUUUUCACAGCGGCCUUCUGGAGCCAAUUUUAACAACUAUUGCGUUCCUUCACGAUUACGAUCAAUGAAAGGAACGUACCGUUGAACAAUUAAACUGACUCACGGUCUAUUAACUUGUAAGUUUUAUAAUUAGUCAUAAUAAUAUGGCGCAUUUUUCAGCUAAGUUACCUAUUUUAACGUGGUAAUGAAAUCAUUCACUGGGAAUGAAUUAAUCUGAUAAAGAAUAAUAAACAAACGCGAAGCGUUACUGACGCGCUGCGCGGUAGUGAAAGUCAUACUGUUGUUCCCGGCUGAGUUUUAUACGUAGUUCGUCCGGGGCCUUGCAUACCAUCGCGGUUAAUAUGAGUAUUAUGAGUUAAUAAGUAAGUAAGUAGCCAGAGUGUACUGAUCCGUUUCUAUAUGGUGCGCUACAUGCAGUCAUGCAUCUUGUAAAGUCUUAGAAGUAGUGACCAUUAUGUAACUAAGACACAUUUUGUUACUGCGAUUUUAUGCGUGACUUCAAAUUCAUAAAACUAGGUUAGGAUGAGGGAUGUGAAUUAACACAUAUUAUAUAACGUAGUUGAAGUUAUCCUGUUUACUUGCUUAAUUAACUUUCUGACAAUAAUCUGAAGUAGGUAGGUAGUGUGAAUAAUAAAAAAAAACAAAUACAGUUUAAGUAUUAUUUUUA